AUGUAUGCAGAGAUCGAGAUGGGUUCUGGUGUCCGCUGUGACGCGCAAAGCAUUGCGAGCACCAACACAGAAAAACUGCAGGAGAGGAAGGCAGCGCAGGGAGUUCAGAGGACCUGGAGGUGCUUCGCGGCGAGAGUGGUGGACACCGCGACCCAAUUGCAUGACCGCGAGGAAAAGGGCAUCUCGCUGCAACGCGCCAAUGGUAUCAUGUCUAUAUAUCCGUGGCACGAUAUCGACCCUUUGUCCUUCGGGGAAGACGGGAAGAUUGUAGGAGGUGCUGCGCGCACCCGCACAAAAAGCGUCGAGGAGCGCGGCAUCUACGUGUACUCUGGCCAUGACGAGGCGAGAGACGGGCGCGUCCCCACAAUGGUGCUGUCGAUGCAGCAUCGGUGCCCCAUUCGAAAGUCCAACCCGGAUGGAUGGUCCCGCGCAAGGAUGGGCGGAGCGUCCAGAUCGGUGGACCUAGUGUUUUGGGAUGGCGCGCCGUAUCGCAAGUCACCCUGUUGGGUCCGAGUCAAAAAAGGGUCCAUUGAGCGUAACCGGUCCCGGCGUCCGUGGUGCUCACGAGCUGGUCAAGUCUCCGACACUGUUCGCGCACCCCCACGCCAUGCGACCGCAACCCCCGACACGAUGCUCACAAGCGACGGAAGACCCUACGAGGAUUCCGUACCUGCAGGUCGGCACUGCAUGCUGUUAGACGCCCCCACUCCAUCUCCGCCCCCUCUCUGCAUCGCCGCAUACCACAACGCUAGUAGGCCAGCGCGCACAAUCCCGCGUCUCCGAACGCACAUUAUGGCUGUGCGGACCUCGUACGCUCAACGGGGCCGCAAUGUCAGCCUCAUCUACGCCAUUGCCGGUCCCGCUGGAGGCGCUGGGCGUGGAAGACGCGCCGUACUGCCCUUGUUCUGGUGUCCGCGAUGUGAAAGUGCGAUUGUGAUGGGAGAAGGAAGGCUGAGCGGACGGGCGGAGUGCUGCACGAGGUCAGUACAUGCGAAGCUGAGGUCACAGACCACCAUGGCCGAUAUCCGGCGGAGACGCGGGUUUUGCAAGGCGCACAACGAUGGUGGAUCAACUGUUCACAAAUGCUCUUCGAAAGAAAACUUGUCACAGCAGGAGGAUGAUCCCAGCAGGUGGUAUAAAUCCGCAGAAAUGAAUAAAAACUCAGCCGGCGACAGGCUGGUUGGACAAACAGGUAUCAAGACAAGAAUUGGAAGGAAAGGAGCUGAAUAG